UCCCCUGCACCCUUCUCAGGGCCGAGCUUCUACCCCUGCAACACGCUGCAGGCACACAGCAGCAUCACAGGUGGGGGUGUGACGCUUUUCAUUGCCCUGUAUGACUACGAGGCCAGGACGGAGGAUGAUCUGAGCUUCCAGAAAGGGGAGAAAUUCCACAUCAUCAACAACACCGAGGGUGACUGGUGGGAGGCACGGUCGCUGAGCUCAGGUGCCACGGGUUACAUCCCCAGCAACUACGUGGCCCCCGUGGACUCCAUCCAGGCAGAGGAGUGGUACUUUGGAAAGAUCGGGCGCAAGGAUGCAGAGCGGCAGCUGCUGUGCCACGGCAACUGCAGGGGCACCUUCCUCAUCCGUGAGAGUGAGACAACAAAAGGUGCCUACUCCCUCUCCAUCCGGGACUGGGAUGAGGCCAAGGGCGACCACGUGAAGCACUAUAAGAUCCGUAAGCUGGACAGCGGGGGGUACUACAUCACCACACGGGCACAGUUUGACACCAUCCAGCAGCUGGUGCAGCACUACAUAGGUAUAUGUAGGUGGGGAGGGGUGGGGGGGACAGAAGGGGCGAUGGGACCCCCAGCUGGUUGGCUAACUGGGUGUAACUGGAGAAGGAGGGGGACCCCCAGGUGCGCCCAAUCCUCUGUUGGGAAGGAGCACCCAACCUCUCCGGUAAGUGGCCCCCAGGUCUGGGUGGGUGUCGGCGGGGUUGGUAGGGAUGCAGGGCUGGCCCUGCUGGGGGGAGCAUCCCGUGCACGUCACAGGGGUGAGUGCAGCUCUAUGGGGGUGGGUGGUGAUGGCACGGAC